AGUAAUAAUGCUGUGUUCAAUAUGAAGGAGAUGGUAGGAGGUUGCUGUGUGUGCUCUGAUGAGCGAGGUUGGCCCGACAACCCUCUGGUCUAUUGUGAUGGGAAUGGUUGCACAGUCGCUGUACAUCAAGCGUGCUACGGUAUAGUCACAGUACCCACUGGGCCAUGGUAUUGCCGAAAAUGCGAAAGUCCGGAGACUAAAGGCAAAGUGCGAUGCGAGCUAUGCCCGUCUAAGUCCGGAGCCCUAAAGCGAACAGACACCGGUGGCUGGGCCCACGUGGUCUGCGCCCUCUACAUACCAGAAGUCCGCUUUGGAAAUGUCACGUCUAUGGAACCUAUUGUCUUGAGGCUGAUUCCCCCUGAAAGAUAUAACAAGACAUGUUACAUUUGUCAAGAUCUGGGUAAAUCUCACCGCGCCACUGCUGGAGCUUGCAUGCAGUGUAAUAAAUCGGGAUGCAAACAGCCCUUCCAUGUGACCUGCGCCCAAGCCCUGGGCCUGCUCUGUGAGGAAGCCGGCAACUAUUUGGACAACGUCAAAUACUGUGGUUAUUGUCAACACCAUUACAGCAAAUUGCGAGUGACAAAUAAGAAAAAAGGCGGUAACGUGAAGACUAUCCCGCCAUACAAGCCCGUGUCGCAUGACAGCCAAUCGAGCGAUUCCAGUUGCGAGAAAGAGGGGGAGGCAUCACCCAUGGCCGCUGGCAGUGGGACUCCUACACAUGCUAAAUCCAAAGGGUCUGGCCGCAAGUCGUCUCACACGAGCAGCAACGCCUCAGGCAAGAAUACUCCGAACGCGUCCAAGACACCCACUAAUACCAGUCAGCCUAUGGAGACCAACCAAGACACAACCGAGACGAUGCCAGUCGGCAAGAAACACAAAGCGUCCGAAAAGAGCGGAAAAUUGCAUCCAUCGUCAGACAAAAAGAAGCCGUCGCCCUCGCGCCGCGGCUCAUCGGCAGGCGACGCCGGGUCGGGAAGCAAGGCCAGCACGCCCGCGCCCUCGCCACAACACGCAGCUGAACAGAAUCAGACCAGUGCUGGAAAAGGUAGAACGUCAGGCGGCUCGACGCCCGUGAACAGUAAAGUGGCGCCGCCUACGGCGUCCCCCAGCAACAAGGAGUCUGUCGGUGUCAUCAGUUCAGUUGCAGCGGCCACGGUGACCGCUGCGGCGGCUGCCACCGCCGCCCCGCCCAGUACCGCGUCAUCCUCGUCCGUGGUCCAAGCGCCUUCGAAGCCGUACCAAGAGUCGGUGAUCACCAACGUGGACUCCAUUGACACCAAGCAGACGAAAAAGCGUAAAGCGGUCACCGCAGCCAACAACGCCGCCGCUGAAUACGUGGCCACUCCCCCACCACUGGUGAAUGACAUGACCCAGAACCCGUUGUGGGAGAGUGUACCACCCUCCGUCGAGCUGCCCGCGGAGACCCUGGACAAAGUCAUCAAAAAGGCCAAGACCGAGUCGGUCCCGGAGAUAAAUCCGCCGACAUCGCACUUCUCGAGCGUGAGCCCCGCGCCCCCUCCGCCGCCGCCGCCCCCCGCACACUCCCCCGCUUCGCAGCCUAGCCCCAGGCAUUUGCCUAGCCCGAUGCCAGGGCCCAGCGGCAUCAACAACAUGUCUAACAUCAGGUCGCCGUCUCAGCAUCAGGGCGCCAAGGACCGCGACGGGCACGCCUCGCUACUAGUGUCGGUGCCUUUGCCCUCAACCAGCCACGGACUCAACCUCUCCGCGCACGCACAGGUAUCAGCCGCAUCGGAAAUGUGCGGACCAUCGCCACAUAUAUUCCACCAACCGCAAAAGCAGGCGGCCAUGGAGCCUAGCAUGCCUGGGCACUCACCGCACGCGGUCCCGGGUCGAUCCACUUGGGGCGGGCUCAACGUCACAUACGAGAUGCAACAGGACCCGAACAAACCGGGCGUGAGUGGCGUAGCUGGUCCGAGCAAGGACCCGGGCAUGGUGCCCAUGCCGCCCGCCGCCAUUAGGAACAAGAAACGCUCCGCAAUGGCUACGUCUGUCGUGUCUAUGGCCAGUGCCCCCCCUCCGCCUACACAGACAUCGCAAAGCAUGGGCGGCAUGCGCCGGGCCCCGCAGCCUACCCCCCCGCCCAUCUACCAGGAGACUAUCAAAGAUUCACCCCCCAGUUCGCCUAGUUCGGAGAGGCCCUUAAAACCCAAGAUGGAGUCAAACAGGGUGGGCGCCAGCUGCACAGCGCCGCACAUGCUCGGCAAUGAGCUGAACCCGGAGAGUGGUGUGGCGGCUCGGCUGCAGGAGCAGCUGAGCGCGGAGCUGCUGGCGCACGCGGCGGGCUCGGCCGGCGCGGAGCCGCUGGUGCCGCCGCCGCUCGUCAACAAAGCUGCGCCGAGCGGUGGAUCAAGCCGAUCAGGGGGUGCUCAGAGCCUGGACCAGCUGCUGGAGCGCCAAUGGGAGCAGGGCUCUCAGUUCCUCAUGGAGCAGGCACAGCAUUUCGACAUUGCAUCAUUGUUGUCCUGCCUCCACCAGUUGCGCACUGAGAACGUUCGUUUGGAAGACCACGUGGGCAGUUUGCUUCAGCGACGAGACCAUUUGCUGGCCGUAAAUGCUAGGUUGGCCAUCCCCCUCACAACUGUGUCAGCGGGUCCCCCGGAACCCAGUCGAUGCACUCGUGAGAACGGGUCGCAGGUUCGACCCCCACCGCCGCCGCCGGUCCGCUCGGAGACAAUCACGUCGGAACGAUCUCACCAGCUGAUAAUGCGAGAAGUGCAGCAGAAGCCCAGCUGAAAGCAGCCGGGCGGCGACUGCGAGCCGGGCCCCUUCUUGGUGCCCGCGCCGAGGGCCCCAGAGCCCGAGCCGGGGCCCUCGGGACCCGCGGACCCGCUGCGCACCGUCCAGACAUACAUCAUGCUGGAGCAGCGGCGCCGGCCCGACUUCUCCAUUGAUUCCAUACUCAAAUUCGAUCACUAGACGACCAAUCGAUGGACAAUCGUUUUGUGUUGCGACGCAGAAUGUCACUAAAAUGUAAGUUUCGUCUCUCACACUUAAUGCACUGGAUAUAAUACUAAACUGUUAUCGUAUAUUGAUCUUCGUUUUUGAACGAUUUGGCGCAUUUUUCGCGUAAAUAUCGUAUCGACAAAUAUUUUUACAACACCUACUGUGCCGGGCUGGCUGGCAGUAGGUUUUAGCGUUUGAAAUGAUAAUCUGCUCAGCGCCUCUUGUAUUAUGUGUGGUACAUGAUGUAAGAAUAUCCAAAAGGCAAUAGUCAUGAAGACUAACGACCUUGUAGCAGAUCGAAAAGGCUACGGUUUGAGUGGAAUUUAUAUUUCAAUUUGUAAAUAGGAAAUAAUUGGAGUGAAAAUUUGGGGUUGACAUUAAUUAAAUAUUACAAAAUUUUCAAACACACAUUUUUUGACACUCUGCAUCACAUUCAUGACUAAUACUUGGGGCAUUGAAUAUAUUGUUGAGGGUUGACAACUCGCGUCAUCUGUGUCAUAGGCUGCAGUGACCGCUUUCUAUCAGGCGAGGCGCGCGCCUUAUAGUCUAAUUAAAGUUAUACAUUGUAAAAUACUCUAUUUCAAAUCUAUUAAUCUAGAUUGCGAUAUUAUUUGAUAAUGUCUUAUGUUCCAAUUUACAGCUUCCUAUUAAGUUUUACACGUCGCUACAUCAGUCGACGGGUGAAAUGUUAUAUAAUUAAAAUUAGUCAUAAUAUGUAUCUUAAAUUAAUAGUUAUAUCAAACUAUGUAUUGUGUAUUGUAGACAUAUAAUUAGAAUUCGAUUAUUGACAUAUAAUUGGAAGAGCUCAUGGCGAAAAAUUACUAAAUUGUGAUCAAAAGGUCAAUGUAUGAAAAAAUUGAAAUUGUCUGGACUAAAUUGAUAGGUAUAUUGUUAUUAUUAUAAACCAUUGGACGAUUCAACUCAUUAUUGAGACAUUAUAUUAAACUUUGGUGUAUUAUAUUUAGUAUAGUUAUAUAUAUAUCAUAUCUAGAAAUACGAAAAUCGAGAUUAUUCUCACGUAUAUAAUUAUAAUGACACACUUAUUUGGUGGUCUAACGAAAUACGUAUGCUACUGUCCAUCAGUAAAUAUAAUGUAAAUAUACAUACGAUUCAAGAAUAGUUAAUGACUUCACAAUGUAUUAACGACCCGGGGCGCCUCUCAUUUGGCGCCCACCUACGGCUUUGACAAAUACUGGACUAGUAAUUUUGAAAUGUUCAACCGAAAGUUAUUGCGUCAGAAAUAACUGUGUUUGUUAGAAAUACGAAUUUAUGAGAGCUCGAACUUACUAAUUGCGGGAAGAGAUUAACAGACUGGUCAUAGGUUCGAAAACAUUUCACCUCUAAAGUAACAGUGACGCGACUAACAGUUCCAUAGUUGGCUGUUUGGGCGAAUUUAUGAAUAUCGCUAUAUCGUAACUUGCGGCCAAAGUAUACUGUGAUAGGUUUGGACAAUUAUCCUGUAUAGAGGACGACGCCGUAGCGACUCUGAACGAUAUUGUGACCUUUCAUUAGAUUAUCUUAUUGAUAGAUCUUUUGACUGAAUGUUCAAAUAGAGUGCAAUGAGACAGAUUUAAGAAUUAUCUGUAUUUGACCAUGAAUGGUAGACGAUACAUCGAGGUUGCAAAAAACGUACGUACGAUGUUUAGCCUCACAAAAUCUAUGAACCUAUCACACGAUGUGUGAAUUGCGAUUCAGGUUCUCUACAUCGAUAUACGUAAUUUACUAUGCGCGUAUUAAUAUGCGGUGUGUUGUGCACUUUAUAAUGCAUGUUGAAUGUUGUAAUACAUUGGUGUAGUAAUCGUUUAUCGUCUGUUAUAGGAUUAUGUCUUAUUGUUGUCAAAUAUCCCUUUUAGUGUUAUUAGUUCAAUUACUUAACUUUGCCUGAUCUAGGUACAACUGUUAGAAAAAAAUACCUAUUUAAUGUGUAUGUAAUUGACACAUUUCGACUAUGGCCUAGUAUUCGAGCCUAAUAUUUAAAUUGUCUUUAUUUUGAGAGCACAGAAUAUUUAUUUCGCAAACAUAAAUUUCACAUUUCUUUAUACAAUUGGAUUGAAGCCGAUAUUGGACAUAUCGUGGAUAAUUUUUGGAUUUUUGUAUUUUCUUCAUGAUGACUCGAACAAUAAUAUAAUAUUUUUUGCUUCAAGUUGACGUAAACAUUCUUCGACCGGGAUAUUUAUAAAACAUACAACUACAUGCUUAUACUGUAGACUAAUUUUUAAAUUGUAUUGGUAGUUAAUUCAUUUAGUCGAUAAUUUCUACUACUGUAGUAGUAUUGCUGCGUUAAAAUACAAAGUUAUUUUAGCAAAAUCUAUUUAGAAAGUUAUCAAAAUCAUGAAUGUGUUUUAUGUCUUUUUUUUCCUGUAUUUUCUAUAUUUUUCUGUUAAUAACAAUUUUGUGUUUGAUUUAUUAAAUCAUCGAAAUAUUAUUUCAAAGUUACACUUGACUAAAGUGACAAAUAAUUUAGAAUUUUUAACAUUUUUUUUUCUACAGUUAUCUAACUGUAGAAAAAAAUAUUACAAAUUCUAUAUUAAUUAAGCAUAUAUAUAUUAAUUAAGCAGAUGCUUAUAUAUUUUUUUUCUUUUUGAUUAUGAAAAAUCACUUGAUGUUUAAUGAAUGUUUAAAAUAAUGGACCUACUAUGUCGUCGUUAUCUAGUGAUCAAUUUGUGUUAAUUUAAAACACUGCGUGCGUCUGAUGCAGGAUAGUUUAUUUCAUAGCACAUUUUGUGUAUAUUUUAAGUUGUUCUACAUUUCCAGAAUGUUUGUUAAAAUUAAUAUUAAGAAUACGUGUGCAUCCUCGGUACAUGUAAGAAUAUGACUGGAAUGGGAUUCGCUGGACACGCACAGCCAAAUCUUCAAAAGCGCUUUUACUAACGAAUCAGUACAUCUAAUGGUACCUAAAACAUUUUUAAGCAUUUGGCUGUUAUGUUGGAUAAGAAACACGAAUAUUUUUUGAUGUAAUUGUAGAAAAUGUUAUUGCAUGUACUGUUUAUUCUGGUAACAGUUCAGAUCAAUUUCUACGGGUAAAUAAAUAAAUACAUUUGUACACAUUGCUACUACAGUUUUUAUUGUGUUUUUAAUAUUAUUUCACACAUUUUCAGAAUCGAAACGAGUAAAUAGCAUUCGAGACGGCAUUUCAAACGAAAAAUCUUUUAGUUUUAAGCAUUUAAUUUUUAUGAAGAACUUUAUCUGAACUUUACCAAUGUUAAGUGGAUAUGUUAAGAGAAAUAUAGUUAUUCGUGUACUUUUAGGGAGUGAUCUCAGUCGGUACCGUGUGGAGAUUGUAGCGGAUUAUAAGUCGGGGAUCAUAGUUUUUAUUUUGCCUUCGGUCGACAGAUAAUUUAGGACAGAACACUAAUUACUCUAAGUAAUUACCCAGAGUGCAAUAUUGUACGAACUGCAGGUUAUAUUUUCGCCUUUAUAGUCCUAGUGAUCCCUGAGGUCCUGUUUAACGAGUGCAAUUGUCACACGUUUCAGCUAGUAAGGAAAAAAUCUUUGUAGCGCAAAUGCGAGCGACAACGUUCAAACUAUAUACCUUUCAGUUCUUUUAUUAGACAAAUUGGAGUUACAAAUAGUACUGAGAGUCAGCCUAGUUUAUGGGAACUAAGGUUCAUUGAACUUUGCGAAGCUCGCGUCUUGAUGUCACAUUUUUACGUGACUCACGUGACACUUACGACCGUGGUUCGGUGCUAAGCGAACAGGACCAAGGGCGGCAAUCGCGUUAUAUAUUUAAAUUUUGCCCCAGGGCUCACCAUAGCUCACUUGUAUCUAACUUGAUUUGAUUGCUUAUAUUAAAAGCAUUAGCACCCAUAAAUAUUUAAUCGCGAUUUUUUUUCGAUUGCAUCAAUAAAACAGAUGUGAAACAGUUAUGAUAACCUAUCGUGACAAUGUAAUUACUGAAUAUAUUCAAAAUAAGUAAAAUCCUACUACUUAGAUGUUAAAUGUUUGUCGUUAUUUAAUUACAUGUAAAAGUCGUGACUGUCGCCGCCUGUCGAGUUUGACUGAUUCUUUGUAAUUAGAUUAUGAAAAUUAUAGUUAUGUGAAUGUAUGUAAAGCCCCUGCAGGCUAUCGACCACUAAAGGCAACCUUUUAAAAGUAAUGGACCGCAAGAAUAAAUUUGGCUUACUAUAGUAUAAAAUUUAUGUCUGUAAUAGAUGUCUAUAGUCACCCGUUGCUUAGUCGGCUGCUGAAUGAAGUGGGAAGAACGAAUAUUUACCUGUUUCAUUUAUAAUUGAAUUCAUUUUCAAUUGGUAUGUUAACUCAUUCUGAAUUUACCAAAUUGCACUACAGAUAACGAAAAAUAUGUUAAUACAAAAUAUUAGUUAUUAGAUCUUUAACAUUAUUGUCCGUCCCUUUCUCGCAAAACUGGAACAUGUGACUAUAUUCAUUUCACCCUCUGUCUAAUCUGGAAAUUCGUUCGUUUGUUCCUUUCUUAUUUUUCAAGUUAUUCUAAAGCUAUUUUUUCUGUCAUAUUUUUCACGUCAUACAUUUCACAUUUUCGCACAUAAAAAUUGAACUUCUGCAUGUCUACUAAAUAUAAGUUAAAAUAAGAAGUGUUAAAAUGAUAUUAUACAUCAAUCACCAGAUUUACAUUGUUUCUCAAUAGGUAGUAAUAUGUAUUCCCACGGAAAUUAAAACUGCUAAUGUUGUAACACGAUAGUCAUGACGUUAGCAGAAUCGCAUCUAUUAAUUAAUUUGAUUCAUAUUCUAUGUAUAUUUCUGACACAAUGAGGUAGUUUGGGUAGUUGCCAUCAAGUCAAAUCAGACACUUUUUGCUUGUGUCAAACAAGUGACGUCACAAAUGUUGGACUCCAAAAGCGUUUCAAUUAUACUAUAUUGAGAACAAAAAAAUACUAUAUAUGAAUGAUUAAUUAAAAUGACAUUUGAUUAUAGCGUUUUAUUAAGUGAAAGGAUUUAUAUAAUUUAUGCACAGGCAACUAUCCUAUUGUAUAUAAUUUUAAAAAUAAUAAAAUGAAAAUCGAUCUUCACGCAUCAUUCAGCAGUUGGUAUAAUGUUGCUUUAAAUCUUAAGUUGCAAAGACUAUUCGACGGAGUUACAGUUAUAUCCUGAUUUAAUACAUAAUUAUUAUUAAAAAAUUCUCAGCUGUCACCAAACAUAUUAAGUACCUUUAAUAAAUUUGUCCGAAAUGAAA